CGCUUUUCUACAUAUUUUCAAUAACAGUAGAUAUUUCAAGUAAAAGUUGCCAACGUUAUGGAGAAGGAAGAGACCGUUACCUGCCCGGAUUUGUACAGACUACUGUAUAUAAUGUCGGCUAUCAGCAGUGUAUUCAAAUGUGUUAUAGAAAAGUUAACUGUGAUUCUAUCAACUACGACAAAGAUCAACUAAAGUGUGAAAUGAACUCCGUUGUAACUGCCGGACAUACUCUGGAUGAUAUCCUAGAAUUCAGACAAGGGUCACAACACAGUGUGGUCAACAAGACGGCGCUAAAUGAGGAUCAGAGAUCAUGUGAUUUGUUGAACUGUCCCCUGAACACUCAAUGCCUCAAGUUACGAGACAACACAGCUAUAUGCCACCCAGACACAUGCCGACGAACAGACUAUUUGUUGUCAUCAAAACUGAAUUUCUGCUUUAAAAUCCAUGAUCAACUAGUCACUUCCGCAGACGCAGUACAGACAUGUACGGAUGAAAACGCCAGUCUGGCAGUCAUCAAUUCUGCUGAGAAAAAGGAUUACUAUGACAAAGAACAUCUCAGAUUCAAAUUUUCAACUCGACUAGGAUUCUUCGUCGCCGGAUCAUAUCUUGGCGGAGUGUGGAAACUCCCUGACAACACUAUACUGGACCAGUCCGUUGAUUGGUCCACAGUCUACAUGAACAAUGACGGGCCGUGUGUGGUACUGUGGAGGAUACCAGAGAAAUAUGUCCUCACUGAUGGGUCAUGUACAGCAAAGUAUCGCUUCAUCUGCGAGCAAAACUAAACUAGUUGGACUUUUUUAAACAUUAUUUUAUAACGAUGUUUUAUUACGGAGAUUUUAUCGGUACUACUUUAGAUGAUCUACCGUGGAUUUAUCUGACCAGCCACCAAAUAUUGGUUUAAAUGUGUAACGAUAUUGUGUCACCUGAACCUGGCAAACUGACACAGUAGUGUUUGUACUCUGUAAUUACCCUUACUAUAACUGUAAAAUGACUUUUAAAUUAGAUGUCAUUUCAUAAUGUCAGACAGAAUUAAGGCUCUCUUGUAAAAUAAAGGAAUGAAAUGUGUAAAUGAAUGUAAGGUGAUGAAUGAGAGCCCUCUUGUAUGAGGAUAUAUUUGUCAGGAUACUGAAAUCCAGGGCCUCAACCCUGGCAGCAGUCCAAAUUGUUAAAUGUUCUGUGGCAUUAAAAUUUCUUGUACCUUAAAAAAAAUAUAUAGGGUACCAUGUGACCUUAAUAUAACUCAAAUCACGUGUAUAAUAUAUGUUGGUAUAAAAUAA